AUCCAUUGAACUGGUAUGCAGUACGAUGCGACGUCAAAUAAUCUCGAGGGCAUUCUACGGCUGGCUUGCAUACUGCCGGCAUCUGUCUACAGUGCGAACUCAUCUUAGUGGUCUAGUGCAUCCUAACAUUGUACCGAGAGAUGACACCGAGGAUGGUUUAACAGAAGAGUUAUGGCGGUCAAUGAUGGAUAACAGAGGCGUAGUGAGCGAUAAGGAUGAAGUGUAUCGAAUAGUUUACUACAGUGGAGUACAACACGAUAUUAGGAGAGAAGUCUGGCCUUUCCUACUUGGAUAUUACGAAUUUGGAUCAACGGCAGAAGAAAGAAGUGAUCAAGAUGUCACAUAUCGGCGACAAUAUGAAACUACUAUGUCUGAAUGGCUAUGCGUCGAAGCUAUAGUGCGACAGCGAGACAGAGAAGCGACCGCUGCGUCUAUCGCACGACUUACCGAGGCUUCAGGGAAACCACGGCCGGAGGGCAUUGAACCUGCUGAGGUAUUCGAAGAUGACUGUAGCGUAAUAUCAGAUAAUCCACCGAUCGUCUCACCAGAGCCUAGUGAGAUUGAACAAAGGAAAGAAUCUAAGCCUGUCCUCUCAAGGGCGCCGAGCAUAGACGAAGUUGACAACAUUGAAAUGGAUUCCGAAGAGAAAGUGACUGAAGAUAACGAUAAUGUUAACGGGGAGACUGAAACGACUGACAGCAGAGAGCAUAUUGAUCUUGACAGUCUUAACGAUAUAGAUGAUGAUGACGAUGAUGAGGAAGUGUAUAUUAAAAGCGUAGUCGAAAAUCCAGAUAUGAGAAGAGAAAGUAUAGCUGAGAUCAAGAGAUUAGCGGAAGGGAUAGUACAAAAAGGCGACGGUAGAGGGUUGUUGUGUAGUGUAGAUAGUGCAAAUGAAACCAAAUUAAAUGGCAAUGAUUAUAGGUCAUCUUUAGAUGAAAAUCAACCGAAUGCACAUCAGCAACAUACGAGUGUAAUUAUUACUAACCCUUCAGUCGAUAUAGUGCCGUCUGGUUCUCCUGCAUCUGGAGGUACUACAGCAAAUGUUAGCCCAGCGCGGAGUCCAUUGGGUGUUGUACGUGAGGAGUCGCAUUCGGCUGGAGCUUCUUUUGAUACAUUGGAGCCUAGUGACGCACGACCAGACAACCGGUCUAACUGCGUCUCCCCUGCCAGCUCCAAUGGAGGAGUUUAUUCAAACGAAUUGGUGGAGAGCUUCGCACUCAAUCUACAUCGAAUUGAGAAGGACGUGCAACGAUGCGAUAGAAAUUAUCCUUUCUUUACCGAUGAGAAUUUGGAUAAACUGCGAAAUAUAAUGUGCACAUAUGUCUGGGAACAUCUAGAAAUGGGCUACAUGCAAGGGAUGUGUGACCUUGCAGCCCCUCUACUGGUUGUAAUGAAAGAAGAGGCCGUGGCUCACGCGCUGUUCUCCCGCCUCAUGUCACGAGCCCGAGACAACUUCCCGUCUGGUCAGGCAAUGGACGCACACUUCGCUGAUAUGAGGUCAUUAAUCCAGAUAUUAGACUGUGAGCUGUACGAGUUGAUGCAUGCUCACGGGGACUAUACCCACUUCUACUUCUGCUACCGCUGGUUUCUACUCGACUUCAAGCGAGAACUACUCUACCAAGAUGUUUUCGCGGCAUGGGAGAUGAUCUGGGUAGCUCGCUACGUCGCCUCCGAGCACAUGGUGUUGUUCAUAGCGCUCGCCCUGCUCGAGACGUACCGCGACGUGAUCCUCGCCAACUCCAUGGACUUCACGGACAUCAUCAAGUUCUUCAACGAAAUGGCUGAACGUCACGACGCUUCCGCCGUGUUAUCUCUGGCUAGAGAUCUUGUUCUGCAAGUUCAAACUUUAAUAGAAAACAAAUAGGGUUCAAAAUACAACAACGCACAGCUCUCCUAGAGACGAUGGUCAAUGUUAUGCAUCAUAGAACAAUUAACUUUAAAAUAUAGUUGUUAGAAAUUAGAUGAAACUUAUAUAACAAUUUUAUCAUGUUAUUAGACAAAUGUUAUAUAACUGUAUGUAUCGAAUAAUCGGAGUGGUAAUAUUAUUCAAAAUGUCGAUUAUUUGUCACUUCAUGAUAAAUUAAAAUA